AUGGGCGGCGCACGUCGCCUCAUCAUGCGCCAGAAAAUGGGCGAAGUGCUCACGGCGGACGAGCUAGCCCUACUAGAAGAAUACCGGCUCAAAGAGCGCAUUCGCCAGCGCAAUAUCCGCGAGCGCCAUGACCGCCGGCCGGCUGGCCAGUCCCUGUCUUCUACACCCCAGUCGUCUCACCGACGCAAAUCUACAUCUCCUCGUCUGCCGUCGGACAGCGGCCGCAACAAAUCCCACAAAUCCGGUCCGUCCGUUCCUGACCCGGCUGCCUCCAAACCCCAAUCAUCAUCAACAAAAGCUCCGGCACCGGCCGACUCCUCCCCUUUAUCAUCAGAGUCGCGCAACAUCAUGAACAUUGGCAGUGUUCUACAGGAUACAUCCACCAACCCGAAGCAGGAGAACAUCAGCAAAUCCGCUCCCGCUCCAGAGACCACUUUCCAGAUACCGAGACCGUCCACUGCCUCUUCGCCACCACCACCACCACCACCGCCGCCAUCCGAUCAGCCUGCAGUGCUGCCACCUCCACGACCUAUCCAGCCUCCACCUCUACAGCCAUUAAUCACACAAGCCUCUCCUCCCGUCCUACACUAUCCACCACACCGUCCCGGCCCUGCCUCCCAUGUGGAUGUAUACCAUUCGCUAUAUCCUCGUGAGCCGCUCGUCUCUACUCCCUUGAGCUCAGACGACCGGGAGCCAUUAGUACCAUACACAGUCAUGAUCCCCGAAAGUCUGGCCGGACCAUUCUACAGUUCGUAUUGUGCAUUCAUGACCGGCAACUUUCACACUCCUGCCCCUAUGUCGGCAGCCGGCGUGGUUCCGGUUCUAUAUCCCCCUACGCUCCAGCCUGCACCAUUGGACCCCAACUAUUUGCAUCGUCAUCAUCCAGCUUCUGGACCCCAGUCUGAUCCCAUCAGCCUGCCAUCUCCCUCGGCCUCAGCCUCAUCGUCUUCCUCUAGACCACCAGCAGCGGCACCUAUGGAUCCAGAAAUGGCAUAUUCGCUACAGUCACGCGCCCGAAGAUAA